UGCCAUGGCCACCCGAGGACGCUCGCGCGCGCGCGAUGACGUCACGGACCUACGUCACCGGUUUUCGAGGCGGCGGCGGCAGCAGCGAUGGCGGCGCUAACGCGGCUGCGCGUGAACGCGGCCCUCAUGCGGUUCGGCGCCAUCGUGCUCACGCGCUUCCCCUUCUGGAACUGCUUCAGCAUGCUCAUGCUGUUCGCCGAGCGCGCCGACAGCAAGAGGAAGCCAGAUCUGACAGUGCCAUUGCUCUAUGUGGACCUGGGGGUGGCUGUGCUGUGUGCCAGCUUCAUGUCAUUUGGAGUGAAGCGGCGAUGGUUUGCAUUGGGGGCUGCGCUGCAGAUCGCCUUCAGUGCCUAUGCAGCCCACAUUAGUGGGCAGGUUCUCUAUGGAGAGUGGCUCAAGGUAAGGAUGUACUCUCGGACAGUGGCGUCAGUGGGAGGUUUCCUGGUGCUGGCCAGUGGUGCUGGGGAGCCUUACCGCCAAAAGGCCCGAGCCAGGUCUCUCCAGACGAUAGGCCAAGUCUUCCUUGGUAUCUACCUCAUCUGCCAGGCCUACUCGCUGCAGUACAGCAAGGAGGACCAGGGAGCUUACCUUGCACACAUCGCUGGUGGUGAGCUGGUGCUGCAGGCAUUCUUUCUCCUCUACGGUGUCCUGGCGCUGGCCUUCUUGUCUGGGAAAUACGUGCGACGUGCUGCCCAGCUACUGGCCAUCCUCCUGCCCAUUCUCACGCUGCUCACCGACGGGAACCUGUCCUACUGGCACAGUCUGCGCAAAGUGGAAUUUUGGCUGCAGCUGCGUCUUGUCGGCCAAAACGUAGCCAUCCUAGGUGCCAUGUUGCUGCUGGCCACGGAUGGAUAGGAGACUCAAUCACUCCAGCUGCCUCACUCAUGUGCCGUCGUGUGAUGACAAAUAUAUAAUUUAGUUUUCUUGCUGCACAUUUACGCUUGUGGCAUUGUGUGCUAAAAAUACAUUAAAAGAGACAAUCAUUGCAAGCCAAAAUGUGUUUAUGUUACUGUGUUAAACAUUUUUUUUAAAAGGGAGUGUGUUGACCGUUUUGUACACAUAUACAGCCUUUUGUCUAUCCACUUUCUUUCGAGUGCUUCCCACCACACCGUAUGGGUCAUGGGAGGUUAUUUGGCCAUGCUUCACCAUGCUGAUCAAUGUGGGUUGGCAAAGGGCGGGAAGCAUAGAUGAGGGCGCAUACAACUACAGUACAACAAUGCAUUUUUGGUGCACUCCCCUCCGCUGCCCAGAAUGUAGUCCCAUAAUUGACAAGUGGUAGUAGUUGUACAAGCCUUGCUGCCCAAACAUAAAAAUAUAUAGUACACUAAUAUUGUGGGUAAUAGGCUAUCAGAGCAACCCUGAUUAAGGUGACACUUUUGUUUGGAUGUAUUAGUUGGAAUUGAUGUUGAGCUUAUUGGCCUAUACAUCUGCCUGCGUGUUCUCAUUAACAAUUGUGUAUAUAUUUAUUUAAUUACAAGUUUUGCUUCACCUGGCAAAAAAUGCGUGUUCCAGUAAUUUCAGAGUUAACCUGCCAGUUUGAAUUGUGUUUGGGAUUUUUAUUUUAUUCGUGUUUACAGAUAUGAAAUCCUGGCAAUGUUUUUUGUUGCAAAUUCAUAUUUAAAUGUUUGUUACCCUUUAAGCCAUGCUUGUAAAUAGGGUUGAUUAAAAAUUUGUAUUAGACAUUUUUUUUCUAAAUUCACAUAACACAAUGUCUAAAUAAAAUUAUUGCAUGCUGAUAUUUAAAAUUAAGCUUAGCAGGAAACAAUUGAUUGUACAAGCACAAAAAAAGGCUGUUAUACAUAUACAGUCGGGUGCAUGCCAAUCCUUGAGAAAUGUGUUCAUUAAAAAUAAUUGGUGUUUAAACGAAUUAAUACUGCAGAAACCUUGACAUUGUUUGUACAAAUGAGUACAGAUCGAAAACAAUGACGUUUAAGCAUGCUGUAGUUAAUUGUGUUGAAUGAAAUUUGUUUCUUGGAAAGCUUCACAUUGUUCUGUCUCCUACUGCCACAUAUCAUUUACACUGUCCCCUACAUGUCGAACUUGCACAGCAAAGGAUUUCGCAGCAACACUUGAGUGAACAACAUCACGGUAAAGCGGUAAACUGGGCAUCAUACGCACAGUUCCAGCUGUCAGCAUUACUCGAGUUGCCACCCCUGUAUCAUGUUAUCGUAGUGAGGCUAUUUUAUGGCCUCGUCUUCCCUUCACUAAUGUUCAUGCACUGGCAUCACAUUAAUAUCUAUCCUGGUUGUCAGGCUUGUCCAAUAAUGAGGUUUUAGUUUAACUGUUUAAAACAUGUAUCUUGCCAUCAAUCGUUUCACUGUGCUACUGUGGUAUUACCUGCUUUGACUAUAAAUGGUAUUUGCACACACACACAUGCAAGAGAUCUAUAACAAAACACUGGAAAUUCCUAAUUGUGACUAGCCUCUUGGGUUGAUGUGGCUAUUUUAUUUUAAUGAAAUAUGGAAGACAGUUUGUCCACAUGCUUUACAAAGGUGUAGAAUAAUGUAGGUUACCUUUUUGUUUUGCAACCUUUUAUGGAUCAAUCCAUUGGGUGUUUUUUAUGCGAGUCAAAUUAUGGGAAUGCAAUGAACAUUCUUACCAUGUCUUGGCUACUGCUGUCAGCUAUGAUGCAGUUUUAAGUGCUACAUAACUUGUAGCAUUUAAAUGUUUCCUUCACCAUUUUUACAGUAUGCUCAUGACAUUUCUACUCAUACAUUACAAUUGCCUGUGUUAAUAUUAUUAAGGAAGCGAGUGAUGUACAUUUGCUCGAAAUUGUUGCGCAUGAAAUAUUUAGUGAAUAAAGUUUGUCAUUUUUAAGAAAUGUGAGCUUUAUAUUUUAUCAUCAUAAUCCAUUGUCUAUUCACUGCUUAUUGAAGGCCUGCCCAUGCUGUCAACAUCCCUGGCGAUAUUCUGUUGCCACCAUCCAUCUCCUGCCCAUGGAUUGAUCCCAUUGCUCCAUCUCUACAGUUGUCAUACUAUUGAGCACGUUCUCUUUUGACUGCCAUUAUUAUCCUUUAUAGUAUUGUGCCCUGCCAAAGCCCACUCUCCUUAGACUCUCUAAUUUGCAUACCCUGAUCUGGGUGCUACUCUCUCUGUUCUCAUUUUAAACACGAUCCACGUUCAAUAAAACACAUUUUUGGUAUCUUUUUAAGUUUUUUUCUCCAAUGUAUUUUGGCAGUAAACAUGCAAAUGACUUUUUUCCAAAUAUUUUAGCCUAACUUUCCAACGUUCUUUGUAAAAGUCUUAAAUAACUUUGUUAUUUAUAUAAAAAAAUAUAUAUCGCAAUGUCAUCUACAUUUAUGUGUAUGCCUUUAUUGGCACAACCCAUUGUUACGAAUAUAAUGGUGCGUUAGUAUCGCCCCAUACCACUCCAGUGACAUACCACAGUUAUUCACAGCAACAUAUCUCUUCUGAAUAUCUUACAGUUGUCAAAUAACGUCUUUGCAAUACAGUGUUGGCCAUGUUAAAAACAAGCUCCGUGCUAGUGUUUGCAAAAGCACAAUGCUGCAUUUUGCAAGUCUUGCACCAAAAGCGUAGGAACGGUUUCAAAGUUGAAUGUGUCGUCAUCAAAUGCAAUUGCCCAACAGCCACUACCGCAGUGAAUUGCAGUCUGCUUAUUAAAUGUUGCAAUAGCAUGACCGCACCUAAUUUAAUCCUUUGUGGGUACGUAUAUGAUUUCCGUGAGACCAAAAAGCCAUUGAAAACGUAUGUUGUGUUGGAUAUAUGUGAUAUUUUCUGCGUGACAAGUGUUUACCUGAGUGAUCUAAUUUUGAAGGUGUCUUCCUCCACAAUUUUUUUUACUUGCACCUUACAUCACGUGCAAUUGUAUUAUUUACAUAAUUCACAACAUACAAGGACUUGAAAGAUCUGUUAAAAGCCUUCAGUUUUAAAGUGGCAGGGCUUACAUAGCGUUGCACCUCCGAUUAGGACGGUUGACUACGUACGGUGCGAAAGAAGUUCAACAUCUAUGCAUCGCCUUCAGAUGCGAUUUAUCAAUUUAUAAAUGCUGCUCCAUAUAUUUCAUCUGCACUGUGGAGGGGGGGGGGGGGGACGAUGGCUGUUCUGUUUCGACUUGCUCAUCUGUUUUCGACGUUAAUUCGUGCAGUCAUUUUGAGAAUGUUCGCCAGAAUGCUUAACUGUAGAUGCGGCUCGCGUUGACGGUGCCAUUUGGGGGGGGAGGAACACGAAACGACGGCACAUAGACAACGCCUAGCAGGAGGAUACACACGGAAACUGGCAUAGCUAUGGAAAUAAAACAUUACUGAAUAAAUGGAUACGUA